GACGCGCGACUGUGACAGGUGACCGCGGAGCGCGAGACGCCAGUUGAAAAAUGGCGGACUGCGAGAAGGAGGAGGCGCACAAUCUCCAAAUGGAGUUCGAGUGGGUGCUCCACGAGGAAGUGCACUCGUCGCUGUCGCAGCUCCGGAAUAUUUUGAUGGAGUGCGCCCAACGCUUUCCCUUGGCUCUCUUCGGUAACGACCAACACAAUAAAACCGACAGAUUCGUGUUCGCGGCCCCCCACGAUCAAGUGAAGUGCGUUGCCGUUCUGACAGGCGACAGCAUCACAAAUGCGGAAGUGAACUUUAAGGUGCAGCGACAACAGAACGUUAACAUGAGAACGAGUAUUCAAAGUGAACACCCGUGGAAGCUGCAACAAAUUCAGGAUGCCGCUAAUCACUUGCAGCAGGGCAUCGCUCAUAUAGACAACGUAGACAGACAUUACCUUUUUAAAACGUCGGACGAAGUCAUGCAUGUGCUAGGCAAUAUCCUGGGCUGCCUUCAGAGGAGCAGGACCAGCUUGAUCGUCCCUAGGAAGAAGACAAUCGACGAUCUCAUUAAGAGUCGAAAUAUGAAAUCUCUCAAUCCGAAUCUUCCGGAGAACUUGGCCAUUAGCUUUUACAUUCAAAGCUACAAGCUGGUUUUAGCUGUUUAUCAGUUGGAAAAUGCUCACGGCAGCGUUAAGUACGAAACCCAGCAGGCGGAGUGCAGCGUGCCGUGGCUGAACGACGCUCUCGUAUUGCUUACAAUUGCCCUGCAGCUUUGUCAACGACUAAAAGAUAAGAUAUGUGUCUUUUCUCAAUAUAAAGAUUUUACGGUAGGCUCUCGUGUUCCUUCCGCGAUGGGCUGGUAACCUAGCACCAAGAUACGUUAUCGAAUAAAGCCCGAUGUAACGAUACGACGGUACAUGCAAGUGAGAAAGAUUUGGCCUCAACUUGGCAACAAUUGCUCUGGCCUUCGUUUUUACAUAUGUUAACUGUUGUCCUUUCAUCGUACUUCUCAUUGCACUAGAGUGUUGUUCUAAACGUUUUUAAACGUGAUUAUAGUGUGCGCCUAGUAUAGUAAUGUAUGUAUUAUAAGCUACUGAGAUACCCCCGAUCAAAGACUCGCAUGGCGAUGUGAGCAUCAAUGGAUAAUAACAAAUCGCUAUAUUAUUAUAGGCCAGAAAUGGAAGACUUUGAGAGCAUUUUGCCAAUUACUGGUGUGCCUAUCACCAUGUUAUAUUGUGUUCUUCCCAUUUCUGUGGUAGGUUUUCACGAUCGUGUAAAUCCAACUUUGGCAUAUAAACAUCUAAAAAAAAUUUUGUCAUUUUAUCUACGAAUUGAUAGACAAGUAUUUAAUACAUCUACUGUGAUUCUAGAAAUCUACGCUGUAAUCCUCUCCUUACUGGAUUAGAACAUACUUUCAUAUAUUAAUCGGUUCUCUUUAUUUUUUUUCAUUAUAGUACUUCGUAUAGGUGUAGGUUACGUGCAUAACUAUAGCAUAUAGCAUAAUUGUUGAACUUGAUUUCAUGGAACUAUUAAGUUCGAGGAAAUGAUGUUGUUUUUUAUACUUUAAGCUUCCGCAUUUGUUUUAAUGCAUAAUACUUGAUGAAAUCUAUUGAAUCAAAUUUCUGUAAAUGUCAGCAAUUUGUUCAUAUCAGUACGAUAGAUCAGCGUCAUGAGAGCAUGAAUAUAAAAAUGAAAAUCUGAAGUUAAAAAAAAAACGACUUUUACUUGCCGGACAACCUAAUAUUUGCACAUUAUUUUUCUCUCUAAAUUAAAGAAGGAAAUUUUUUCGGAAUAUAAAAGGAUAUAUUAGAUAAAAGGAAAAUUUAGAUGCAAUAACUUGGUAUAUCUUUGUGCUAAUAAGAAGGCGUGCUAACUUAAUGAUAACUAUUGCGUGUAUAGUUAUGGAAAAUGCCAUUUUAUUUAUCAAGUAUGGUUCAAAGAUAAUAAGUAGACAAAUACCAUGUGCCUCAUGAUUCCGAAUUUGGAAAAAAUACCAAUACUUUACAUGACGGUACAAUUUUUGUAAUCGGUAUUUUGAUUACUAAAAUUGUUACAACGAGGAUACAAAUAGUAUAUAUACAUGUAUACACGUGUUUGGAAAAGAGAAUAUUGCCAAAGAGAAUGUUGCUCUAGGUUAUUAACAGUAGGGAAAGGAUUAAGGUUUAAUAAUUAAUAAUUAAAAGAAGUGCUUAAAUAUAAUAAGUAGUUAGUAAAUCUUUUAGUAAAUUACAAAAUGUGUAGGAAAAAAAUUAAUCUCUAUAUGCAUUUCUUGACUGUUUAGUGAAAUUGUUUAUAAUUUUAUUGAAAUUAUAUCAUAACAAAUUUUGGGAAUAUAACAAUUACAGUCACUUCGAGAGAUUUUAACACAAACAUUUUUGUGUGCCAUUGGUUGAAGAAGGCAAAGUUAAAUUGUUACCCUAGUUUACGCAUCAAAAAAUGUUAAUGAAAAGAUCUUGCCCAAGUCAUUAUUGUACAGUAUUUUCACAAAAUUUAUACAUAUAUGUUUGUAUAUUAAGAUAAUGUUUAUUAUUUUAAUAAUUUAUAUACUUAUUUUAAUCCAUAUUAUUUAAUCCAAUUCAAAACAUCAGAAAGUUGUAAUAUUUUAAAUAUUAAAUUUAUAUAUACGAGAUAUUGUUUAUUGUUAUAUAUAUUGUAUGUUAUAAAUAUCAUCCAAACACAUACAUUUUAAAUUGUCUUGUAAAUUUAUUAGGUAUACUGUACUUAUGUAAUUUACAUGUUUAAUUUAUUUACGACAAUUAAUAAAUGUAUGAAUUAAAUCGUUA